CUGUUCUGUUCUGUGCUGUAUUGCAUUCUGUUUCCUGCUCCCUGCCUUAGUUCCUUGUGUUCUUUGUAGUGAUUAAAUCUUGUUUUUUUUCAUUGAGCAUUUUUUGCCUGCGGCUCCUGCUUUUGGGUCCUCCACCUUCCUCCCCCGUGACAGAAUGAACCGACCAAUACAGGACCCAGCGGAGCAAUAUUCUUUCUUGGAACAAACUGGCCGCACUGAGAGCCUUGCGGAGCCGGUGGCCCAUGCCCUGACUGGACAAGGCACUUUUCUGGAUUUCCAUAAGCAGAAACUCAGAGAACUCAAAGACUGCAACCGGACGCUGGUGGCUACGAUCACUCAGAUCUCACAGCAGGUCGCGGAGAUCACCUCCUCUGUCAGGACGAUGGUUGCAUCCCGGGCUCCGGCUGCUCCUGCAAGUGCACUUCUCGGGUGUAUCGGCAAUUUGCAGGCUAGCCGCAACCCCGACACCAGCCCCAGCUUCCUGGCAGUCCCAGCUACCAGCCCCAUCAGCCCGGCAGUCCCAGCUACCAGCCCCAGCAGCCUGGCAAGUCCUGCCACCAGUCCCAGCAGUCUGGUGAGCCCAGCCACCACUCUCAGCAGCCCAGUAAGUCCAGCCACCAGCCUCAGCAGCCUAGCAAGCCCAGCAACCAACUCCAGCAGUCUAGCAAGCCCAGUUCCCCGAUCCCUGUCCCAGUUCCCCGUGUUCGACUGGCUGCUCCUGUCCCAAUUCCCCGAGCCGGACCGGCUGCCCCGGCACCAGUCCCUGUUCCCGUACCAGUUCCCCGUGCCCGACUGGCUGUCCCGGUCCCUGCCCUAG